AUGGCAGAUUCAAAAAGGGUCAUCCGCAUCGCGGUGAUGGGCGUGACAGGCUCUGGAAAAAGCACGUUCAUUCAAAAGGCCAGUCAGCAAAAGGUCGCCAUCGGACAUGACUACACUUCUCUCACCUCCGAGGUCGUCUCCUACGACUUCGAAAUGGACGGACACAGCAUCUCCCUAAUCGACACCCCCGGUUUCAACGACACCCUCCGCAGCGAAGCCCAAGUCUUGACGGAGAUAGCAAACUAUCUCGAAAUCACCUAUCGGGUACAACAUUUAAAGUUGGAUGGCAUCGUCUACAUGCAGUCCAUCAUGGACGAAAGGAUGUACGGGUCAUCUCUGCGCAACCUCAAAAUGUUCAGAGAUCUUUGUGGUGAUUCGCCGAUGAAGAACGUCGUGCUGGUGACAAACCGCUGGGAGCAGGCUCGAGCUUUGGGAGACUUCGAUAAGGCCAGGGAGAAAGAACAGCAACUACGCACGAGCAGUCUCUUCUGGGAACCCCUGAUGAAACGAGGAGCCGAAAUGCUGCGCUGGGAAGACGCCCAACAAGCCUCCGCCUUCGCCGUAAUCCGCAAAUUCCUCACCAAAAACGCCGAAGUCCUCCAGAUCCAGACCGAGAUCGUCGAGCAAGGCAAGAAACUAAUCGACACCACCGCCGGCACGACCGUCAACGAGGAAGUCCUGAAAAAGGACAAGGAAUACCAACUCGAACUGUCCAAAAUCCGGCAGGAGCUUAACGACGCCAAAGCCGCGCACGGCCAGGAACUCGAGGAGGUGCUGUCGGAGUCGAAGCGCGACUACGAGCGCAAGCUCGACCGGGUGCGCGACGAGCAGGAGAUUCUGCGGUACGAGCGGCGCAGCGAGACGCGGCGGAUGCAGAAUGAAAUGGACGAUUUGCGGGCGGCGUAUAAUCGCAAGCUCGACGAACAGCUGAGUGCGCAGCGGAUUGGUUACGAGAAUGUUAUUGCGGAGUUGCGGGCUAAUAGUAGCAAGCUUCGUCCCGAGCAACAUGAGUGCGUGCAGGAGGAGAUCAAGGCCAUGGAGAGGAAGCCGAAGAAGGAGCGGUCGGCGAGUACUUUGCUGAUGAAUUUGAUUCCUAUGCUGGGCAAUCUUGCGUUGGGGUUGGUGGUGCCGUCUCCGGUCCUGGAUAUCAUUUCGUCGUUAUGGAGUUUCAUCGGUGGGAACCAGUGA